AUGCUUAGUCGUGAAAAAGCCGAUUUUCAACACAUCCGACUACUCACCGAGCAGCUGAGACGCGAGCUGCAUGUCAAGCGGAUACCAGUGUCGCAGGCUUCGAACGACCUUGUCAAGUAUGUGAGCGAUCACCAACGACAAGACGUUCUCGUGUGCGGCUUUUCGUCACCAAGCGAAAAUCCUUUCCGGCAGAAAAGUUCAUUCAGCUGUUCAAUGAUCUGA